AUGGCCAACACCCAUGAUCCCGCUCAGACGGACCAGCAUCCACUUCUGGCCUCACGCCCGCCCGUGACAGACCCCAUUACCUAUCUUACCAUCAUUGAAUACAACCUUUCCGAAGAGAACUUGCCUGUAUUACACCAGGUCCUCCAAGAUGCAGAGCUCACAGCAACUAUCGGCUGGGAUCUGAUCCAUCUGUUACUUCCGCUACUUCCAUUGUCUGAGGAAUGCUUGCAAGACAUUGCCGCAAAGGGCAACCCUAGAGAGUGCAUUCUCAAGGUCACAGAGGCGCUUCGGUUGCUCCAGUUCCAGGAGCCGUAUGAGGACACAGACGAAGACGAGCAUGGCGCUCCAUCAGCUGGUAUCAAAGCUAAAGCGCCCGAGGUUGGGGUGGGAGAGUCAAGCACAAGUCCUGCCUUUCAGCCCGCUGUAGUCCCGCCCCUUCCAGUACUGAAGUUUGAGACUCUCCUUGAUAUAUUGGCUACAUUACAUCGACGUGUUAAAACCAAAUACCCGAGCCGCUUCCUCUCUACCAGCUUGCAGGCUGUGCUGGUCGCAUACAAUCGGGCCAACACCCAUAUUGAAGACCUCACCCUAUCUGCUGUCAAGUUUGUCAAGACACUUUCCGGGACUAAGAGACCGCAUCUGCCAUCAAGGCGGAGCAGCGGGAAUCUUCUGCGUGUAAACACCAACCAAUCGGAGCCAGAUCCGGAAGCGCAGGGUGAUGCACCAAGCAGCGAAGAAACCGCCCUGGUAAAUCGGCUACUACAGUCCUUUCUCACUCACAUCCUUGAAGAUUAUAUGCUAUCUUUGAAAUCAGACGAUGAUGUUCCAGGUCUUUCAUGGGCAAGCAGGCUGAUGGAAAGCUAUGAACCGGAGCGAAUACCCAACAAGCCUAACUACCAGAAAUAUGCAGACCGGUUUGCGAAUGAAGAAGACCUCACUUCGCGAGCCGCAAUCUUGGGCCAAAUAGUAGCUUUGACUCAGGAUUUGGGUCUGAAAUAUGAAGAGCUGAUACGCACUGUAAUGGACUCGGAGGAGGAGAAGCGUGGCAUUCCCGGCACCGAGGAUGAACCACCAGCUACGGCUGCAGAUAUUCCGCUUUCAAGGACUGGUGCUCUACUUCUCAUUGCGGCACAAAACGUUAAACAGGAACUGUAUGCUCCUGCUAAGCAAGAGGAGGAAGCGUCAUCAGUAGCCAUCUUCCCGGGACAUGCAACGAUACUUAGCAACUUUAUCGGGACUCUGGGACCUCAAACUGUUGGCAUGGAGCCAGAGGCACUUCUCGACACGGUUCUUGCCAUGGGUCUCAUUGCAUUGCAAAGAAACAAUGUCGGCGAGCCCAAGGACGACGAGUCAUUUGCUCAGUAUCUGCAAACCAUCUCACUCAUCUCUGCGAACUCACCCUCCCCAAGCUUACGAGGCCACGCACAUUACCUCACAACAACCGUCUUGCGUUCGCACCCCCACGAUCUUGUCCGUCUAACCUUCAUCCGCGACACCCUCGAGCACUGUCCCUAUGAGAACCUCAAAGCAAGCGCCGUAUCCUGGCUCAAAGGCGAAACCCUCGAAGCAAAUACACCCCACCUCCAUUCUUCAGAAGACACCCACGAACCCGACCACACAAACAUCUUCGCCACCCCCGUCGCCCUGUCCACCGUAGCCCCGUACCUCUGGCCCGACCUCACCCGCCACUACGCCCUUGACACCAGCCUCGAAGACUCGUGGCUGCAAUUCCGCCAGGACCUCGGCUUCUACGUCGCAGCCCUCAACUUCUACUACCUUUUGCUUCAAGCCUCGCAUCUCCACGAUACUCUGGGUAUCAAGGAGUUGAAUGCCUCACAUGGCAUUCAGACACACUAUCUCGACGUGCUCAAGCGGACCGCAGCAAGGUUCCAGAAAGAACUCGCAGCGGGUGGGGGCGUGCUGGUUGUUGAGGGCCAGGAGACGCUCGAGCAGGCGAAGGCUGAUGUGGGGUUGUUGGAGAAGGUGGUGGAGUGGGUGGAGGGCGCGUUGGCCAAGUUGACGUGA